AUGAAUUCAAUAUUUCAAUAUUCAAUGUCUUCCAAAAAGACUUGUAUGCUGCUGGCUGUAGGCUUUCUAUUUACAUUUAGUCACUCUGUAAACGGCUUAUCAUGUUAUUGUGACAUAUGCGCUGAUUCAAACUACACUUGCGUUACUGAUGGAUAUUGUUUCACGAGUAUAUCUAAAGAUACAAGUGUUAUUCGUCAUUCAUCUCGGUGUUUGGAGAAUAACAUAGUGAUCCCACGAGAAAAACCUUUGAUAUGUCAUUACAUUAAAAAACAUAAUGAUUCAUUUGUAACCGAGUGUUGUAAAGAUUAUGACUUUUGUAACCGAGAUCUUAAGCCGACACUACAUAUUAAGCUUCCAGACGAUUCGUUGAAUGACCCUAAAAAGGAGAGAUUGGGCAAAUGGGAACUAGCUAUUAUAAUAGCUGGCCCAAUAGGUGUUGUAUGCCUUGUAGUCAUGCUUAUUAUGAAUUUUUGGGCUGGAUCAACUAAGCGUCAUAAUAUUAGAUAUCUACGAACCCCUCGAAUCAUAGCGGCUGAUCAGCAACCUAUUUUAACUGCAGCUGUUUCUUUGAGAGACAUGAUUGAAAUGACUACUAGUGGAUCGGGAUCAGGAUUACCACUUUUGGUUCAAAGAAGCAUUGCUCGUCAAAUCCAACUUGGUGUACCUAUUGGUAAAGGUCGUUUUGGAGAAGUAUGGCAAGGAAAAUGGCGAGGAGAACAAGUAGCUGUAAAAAUAUUUUCAUCUAGAGAAGAACGGUCAUGGUUUAGAGAAGCUGAGAUAUACCAAACAGUUAUGCUCAGACAUGAUAAUAUUUUAGGAUUUAUUGCUGCUGAUAAUAAAGAUAAUGGCACUUGGACUCAAUUAUGGCUAAUAACUGAUUACCAUGAAAAUGGAUCAUUAUUUGAUUUUUUGAACCGAAGUACAGUAGAUACAAAUGGAAUGAUUCGGAUAGCACUGUCUAUAGCAACUGGUCUUGCUCAUUUACAUAUGGAAAUUGUUGGCACUCAAGGUAAACCAGCCAUUGCACAUCGAGAUCUCAAAUCAAAAAAUAUUUUAGUUAAAUCCAAUGGAACUUGUGCCAUUGGUGAUUUAGGACUUGCUGUAAGAUAUGAUACUUCUAUGGAUACAGUUGAUAUACCAUUAAACCACAGAGUAGGCACUAAACGAUAUAUGGCCCCAGAGGUUUUGGAAGAAACAAUCAACAUGAAUCAUUUUGAUUCAUUUAAAAGAGGUGAUAUUUAUGCUUUGGGUUUAAUACUAUGGGAAGUAACACGAAGAUGUUAUGUUGAUAACAUACACGAAGAAUAUCAAUUACCAUAUUAUGAUAGUGUACCAUCUGACCCUACUAUUGAUGAAAUGCGCAAAGUUGUUUGCUUAGAAAUGAAACGUCCACCCAUACCACAGAGAUGGAAUGCAUACCCGUGUUUACAAACAAUGAGCAAAUUAAUGCAAGAAUGUUGGUACCAUACUGCAUCUGCUCGUCUUACAGCAUUACGCAUUAAAAAAACUCUAGCCACUUUGGGUGCCAUGCAAAGUCAUAGUAUUAAUAUUAAUAUUUAA